AUGCAUGAUUCUGAAUGCAGAAAGCUCAUGGAGGACCACAACGGAGCCAUGGCGGACUGCCAUAAGAACUGGCUGACUGCCCGAGAGGAGUACUUUGCGCGUGCUCGAGUUCCUCAGUGUGUCCAGGGCGAAGAACCCGCCUUUGAGUUUCAGGUUUCACCGCUUCUCUCUGUUCUGGCUCCACUACUCUUCUCAGCAGGAGCACAGGAGAAGAGCAGCAGGCUCACACACUUCUUGUGA